AUGGCCGAAAUAAUCAGCGCAUGGAUACGAUCGAGACUGGGUGUAAUAAUUGAUUUAACAGCACCAUCAAUAGGAAACUGCUGUCAGGAUGGGACAUUUUACGCGAAACUGUUACACAGUUAUGCGGUAAUAAACGAGAGCCAAUUAAAUACAAUAAUCCAUACGUCAGACCCAGCGUUGGCAAGAGUUAAUUUACGGCAUCUUCAAGUCUGGCUGCGAUUUAUCGGGGUCGAAUGCGAUCGGGAAGCUAUAGAGGACAUUUCAAAUGGCAAAGGUACAGCGGCUUUCCAAUUGCUCUACAAAAUCUAUUUGUGCCUAGAAAAUAAAGAUCGCUUGCAUUUCAUAACUCUCGAGAAAGAGCGAGAAAAAUAUGUACCUGCUUCGACUAAAUUUGACGUAAAGGUUGUUCCGGAAGAGCCGGAGUUUGAGAAAACUUUGCCGGAACACCCGUUGCUUAAGUUGUUGGAGAUCAAUACACAAUUAUCGGGUUCCCAUAAGGAAGAUGUCAAGAAAAUGAUUACUAAUUACUUACGCGAACGGCAUAGUAAAGUUAGCUCAUCACAAGCUUCAAGAAUAGUCACGGAUAAUGAAGACUCUGAUGACGGGUCGUUAAAAAGUAAAACUGUUGCUCGUAAAAUUGAUAAGAAGGAAGUUAGAAGAAAUGCUAAGAAGAAAAUGAUGAAAGAACUUGAUGAUUUUGCUGAAAAACAUGCUGAUGUUUCAUGUUCAAAGACUGAAGAGCCUUAUGAUGUUCACGGACGUCCAGAAGCGGCAAAACAAUACAUCGAAGAAUUGAAAGCCCGCAGAAAGCGAGAUUCUGAAAUAGAUCAGCGUAACAAAGAAAUCCAAAAUCGCGUAUUGACAUAUUUUUGGGACAAGUUUGAAGAGGAUCAACAAAAUCACUUUGACAAAAUAAUUGCAGAAACUGUGUUGCGUCAGUCGGAUUACGAGAAGAAAAUGACAACUAAAUUGUGUGAAAUACGUCGGCAAAAGGAUAGAAUAGCUGCUAAUAGACAGAUGGUUAAUGAAAUGAUGUUCAAAGCCAAAGAGAACCAUAUGCGUUUGGUUGAAGAAAGCAAGCGCGAAAUGAAAGCUUGGGACGAUGAAGAGUUGGAGGAUGAAGUUAGAAGGUUCAAUGAACUCCAGCGACGUUUGGAGAACGAACAAGAAGAAAAAAUUAGGCGUGAAGUUUGUAAAAUAGCGCAGGAUGUUGUUGAUGAUGUGGUUGACCUUGCAGUUUAUUCGCUGGACACUGAAAUUCCUCGUGGGCUGUGGAAUGAAUGGAAGAGCUUAUUUGUAAGAGGAUUACAGAUUUUUUCAUGCAAAGUCGAUGAUUGCCAAGAUAAAUUGAGGAGUAAGACAGAAGUUAUUUCUUAA